CUUGUUGCAAUCCUAUUUUUUACGAAUGCGAGGAUUUACUUUGCGUUCGGCCGGAUUAAAAACUGACCGUCUGCCUUCCCGGAGACAGCAGCAGCGGGACGAGACGCUCGGGGCCUGCUUGGUGUGAACCGUGCACACGGCGCUUCCUACCGGGACACUACCUACCUACCUUCCCCCCUUCGGUCUUUUUCCUCCUUCCGUCCCGGGCCACCGGAUCGCCUGACGUGACGGUUUUACGCGCAAUGAGCAUCGAUACACUUUUAGAGGCGGCCAGAUAUCUGGAAUGGCAAGCCCAGCAACAACAGAUCACACGUGAGGAGGAGCAGCGCAAAGAGAAGGAGCUCAUCAAAGAGGAGGAGCACAUCAAAGAGGAGGAGCUCAUCAAAGAGGAGGAGCUCAUUAAAGAGGAGGAGCACAUCAAAGAGGAGGAGCUCAUCAAAGAGGAGGCGGAGUCGAUGCGAGUGGAAUUUGUGACCUCGUUGUCUCAGCCAAUCAGAGCCAACCACGUCACUUGGGGCGAUGACGCUCACCGCCAACAGCAUCACCACCCGUCUCUCCCGUCUCCUCAAGUCCCCAUCACCGUCAUCCCGAUGGUCCCAGUCGUCAGCGCGACGCCCUCGGUCCCACCCCUCCCAAUUACAUCACAGAUCGCCGUAGCAGCAAAGUCGCUCAACGGCUCCUCCCCCCCCCAGCAGCAGCAGCAGCCGGCCCCUCACCACCUGCUCUGCGCCCCACAGAUAAAAGUCGAGGCGAGUCCGCAGCUCAUCAGUGCGAAGCCAAGCCAAUCACAGCCUCAGGUUCAGAUCCAGUACUCCACCCCCCUCAGCACUAACGGCGCCGGCUCCCAGCAUGCACUGGUCCCCCAUCAAGCUCCGCCUACGUCUCAGCCGCGGCCCAACGGGGUGACGAUGGAGGACCUGAGGGGGAUGGAGGGGAAGAGGAGGCCAGGAGGGUCAGUCUGUGUAGCGGGGACCAGAGAGGUGCACAAUAAACUGGAGAAGAACAGGCGAGCGCACCUCAAAGAGUGCUUUGAGACGCUGAAGAAGAACGUUCCAAACGUUGACGAGAAGAAAACCUCCAACCUCAGUGUUCUCCGCAGCGCUUUACGUUACAUACAGACUCUGAAGCGUAAGGAGAAGGAGUACGAGCACGAGAUGGAGCGCCUGGCGAGAGAGAAGAUCGCCACGCAGCAGCGGCUGGCCGAGCUGAAGAACGAGCUGAGUCAGUGCAUGGACGUGGUGGAGAUCGACAGAGUGCUGCGGCAGACCAUCCAGCCGGACGACGACCAGGCCUCCACCUCCACCGCCUCAGAAGGAGAAGACAACUUUGAGCAGGACAUUGACGAGGACGUCCCCGCUGCUCCGGCUGCGGCGUCUCUCCCCAAACCGGCUCCUCCCCUCCUGCAGGCCCAGCCGCUGCUCGCGCCGCACCUGUCCAUCCAGCACGCCGCCCUGCCUCUGUCCGGCGUCCUGGCCGCGUCCACCCAGUCCUCCCCCCCUCAAGCCAUCGCUCCUGCGCUGGGCCCGCCUCCCCCGCAGCCCGCCCAUCCCAUCCAGCCGCCGACGCUGCAGGUGCAGCCCACGGUCAUCGCCCACGCCGCCGUGUCCCACCCGUCGGUCAUCCAGUCGGUGAACCACGGCCUGCCGGCCAACCACAAACACCUGACGCACAUCGCCCCGUCGCCAGGCCCCAUCUCCUCCAUGCCUCAGCCCAUCGCCGCGGUGCCGGCCGCCGCCACCCACCAGCCCAUCGCCGCCCAGCCCAUCGGACACAUCACCGUCCACCCGGUGGCGCACCUGCAGUCCCACCUGCCGACGCUGUACCCGCAGGGCGUGUCGGUGUCGCAGCCCACCAUGGUGGGCCACAUCACCCACACCUUCACCCACCACACGCUGCCGCACGUGCAGGCCGGCGCUCAGGCGAACUCUAACGGGCCGCAGGUGAACAGCGCCGCCCCCACGCUGGGGAAGCCCACCGCCGUGCUCGCCCCCCACCCCCAGCUGGUCGGACAGGCCACCGUCCUCAACCCCGUUACCAUGGUAACAGUCCCCACCUUCCCCGUCAGCACGCUCAAACUCGCCUGAACAACACGCGAGACUCUGACGGACAAAACGACUUGUGGCAAAAAUCCCCGGAGACAUUCAAGUCACGACUCGAGAACAUUAAAGCAGAGCGAGCAGGUCGGGCUGUUCGUGAUUAUAAAAAAACAAAGACUGUGACGUUUGUCUGCGCUGCAAAGACAGAAACGCUUUUACCUUCCUUCCUUCCUUUCUCCCUUGCCUCCUUCUCUCCUACCUUCCUUUCCUUCCGACCAGAAGCACUAACAUAAUAAGCUCAGUUCACUCAGGCAUCAGGAUUUACCUUUACUGUUCAUCCACUCGCUGACAGAGGGAGAGAGCUGUUCGUCUGGUGAAACAGUAUGAUGUCACGUUCUGGCAGGAUGAUGUCACUGAUGUGUCAGAGCAGAAGGCGGAGCUAAGCUGUCUCACUGGUCAGAAUGAGGUUUGAUCCAGUGAGACGUGGACCACAUUUAAGUCCAUCGUUAUUAUUAUUAUUAUUAUGAUGAGUUUUUUUAUAUCAUUCUGUAGCUCUGCAGUCGUGCUCUUCAUCGCUGCAAAAACGCCUCAAACUGUUUAAAUGUAACGUCUGAAGCUGCUCUCAGAUCAGUGACAGCUUCCCUCUUCACUCUAAUGCAACAGCUCCCUCUGCUGCUCAUCACAGACCUCAUGUAACUCUCACACAAACACAGUCGGGCCACAACACACACUUAAAAUCUGGAAGAACAACGAGAGAGUGGAAGAGUUUUCUCUUGACUCAAGUUGAAAGUGAAAGCUGCAGUUAUGUAACAUUUCUCUCUAGUUUGUGUGAAGUUACUAAAUGAUGCAUUGAAACUACAACCCAGAUUACAAAAACGUUGGGACAAAAUGCAUUAAAUACAGAGAUUAUAUUUACGUAGACCUGCUGCAACUCAGUGCAGAGAAGUUGAGUUUGAGUUCAGAUUUUUUGGGUCAAACUAAGAGAGACACAUUUAUCCACGACGGCGUGUUCACGCCAACGAAGAUUUAAUAAAAAAGAAAUGAAGAAGGGCAGUGGGGACAAUAUUUGGAGAAAAAAAAUGAAUUUUCUCAGAGAUAAUAAAGUCAUUAUUUUUUCAGGAGAAAUAAGAAAUUCUCAGAGAUUACAGCAGUAAAUUUACAAGAAAAAAACAAAUGCUCUCUGAGAUUAUGAAAUCAUAAUUUUCAAUAAUUUAAAUUCUGAAAUUCGCAGAGUGGUAAGUCUACGAGAAAAAAAGUCACAAAUUUGUGAGAAAAAAAUGUAAUAUUCUCUGAUUAUUAUGACAUUGUAAAGUCAUACUUUGCAAGAUAGAAAAAAAGAAAUUCUCAAAGAUUAAAAUGGUUAAAUUUAGGAGAGUAUUCCCUCAGAUAAUGUCAUAUUUACAAGGAAAAAAAAGUUUUGAGAAAAUAAUUCAGAUGUGCUUGAGUAUUUUAGUAGAUUUAAGCGGCAAAUUUAGGAGAAUAAACUUGAAUAUUCUCUAACAUAAUAAAGUCAGGGGAAAAAAAUAUAAAUGUAUGAGAAAAAAAUUGGUUAUUCUGCGAUUAAUGUGGCAAAUAAAAUUAUAAAUACUCACAAUUUGUAAGAAAAAAACUAAUUUUCUCUGACAUUAUAAAGUCAUCAUUUUCAUGAUACAUUUUUGAAUUCUCAGAGAUUUAAGUGUUCAAUUUACAGGGGGAAAAAAUGGGAUAUUCAGAAAAUUCAGGUUAUUUUCUCAAAAUAUUAACCCCUUCUUCCCAGGCUCCAUAAUUAUUUUUUUAACCUACAGUGGCCGUUAUAGUCUGUCGUAUUUAUCUCAUUUAAAGGUCAUGUAAUAUUUCAAUAAAUAGCAGAGAACAACAAACACCGCACUGAAUUAUCCAGAAAAAAUCAGUUUCAGAAUGGAAAACGUGUUGUGACGCCAACUUUUCUUCGUGUGUCUCUGUAUGUUUCGCCACCUUCUUGCAGCCUUUACACAUCAGAUGUCCAUCAGUGUGUCUCUGUGUGUCUCUGUCUCUGUGAUCGUACUUGACAUGUUUUAUAUUCUGUACUAUAGUUAAUCCUACUGUACCUGUAGCAUGGCUCUGUUUCUGUUUGCCCUGUGCAUGAUGGAGUGUGUGUGUGUGUGCGCGCGCAUUACCCACGUGUGUAAAAAGUGAGCUAUUUUUUUACACAAAGGCGAUUUGUGGUGUGAGCAUUUUCGGGUGCUUGUGUCUGUGCGUGUGUGUGUGUGUGUGUGUGUGUGUGUGUGUGUGUGCCUAUACUCAGUUUUCCUGAACACUGUGACAACUCCGGCAAAACACGAACACAACGAGCGAAUGAAAGAUUUACUGUCUUUUUUUUUUUUUUUUUUAUGUUUUUUUUAAAUGUUUUUUACUGGACUGAGACAUGGAGUGGAAAAAGUAAAAUAACUAAAAAAAAUCCUCUUUUCUUGAUAACAUAAUGUCUAAUAUUCGAUUUGAGUUUUGUAAUAUUUGUAUGAAAGUUUUGUAAAUCUGUGAUCGUAUGCACGUUUUUGGCAUAUGAGUGUAUGUAUCUUAGACUUUAAAAUGCUUGUUUUGGUUUUGUUUUGCAUGUAGAUUGCAGUUUAGUUCCUUUUGUUUAAACGUUUUCUGUUUUUUUUGGGACCAUGUACAAUACUGUAUAACGUGGGCAGGAUCUUGGACCUCAUGCUACAUUGAUAUUAUAUAUGAAUAUAAAAACAUGUUUUCCCUAUGGAGAAAGUUUUAAGUUAUAUAUCGCCUGUACACUUUGGGCUGCCUUUUAGAUCUAACUGUCCACUGUUUAAGAUAACAAUGAUGAUAAUGGAUAAAACAUAUUAAUGAUGAAGAAUUAUGCUGAUUAAAUAAUAAAGAUUCUUAAUAAAUCUUAUUACAUUUACAACA